UUGACUCCAAAAACCAGUGAAUGUGUUAUAUAAGCAAGCAUUAGAACCUAUUAUACUUUAAAAAUAUUGAAGAAAAACAAUGUCAUCUUCUAUCACCAAACUUUUUCUAUCAUCAUUCAUUCUUUGCAGUUUCUUGCAAGAACACACUCAUGCCAUUAGAAAGACAUAUAUUGUAUACUUGGGAGGACAUUCUCAUGGUCCAAAUCCUUCCCUUGAUGAUCUUGAAUUAGCCACAAAUUCACAUUAUGAUUUACUUGCUUCAAUCUUAGGAAGCCAUGAGAAGGCAAAGGAAACAGUUAUGUAUUCAUACAAUAAGCACAUAAAUGGAUUUGCUGCAUUACUUGAAGAUGAAGAGGCAACAAAGAUUGCAAAGAACUCAAAUGUAGUUUCUGUUUUCUUGAGCAAAGAAUAUAAAUUGCACACUACUAGGUCAUGGGAAUUUCUUGGACUGGAAAAAUAUGGUGGAAUUUCUCUUGAGUCUGCUUGGUGGAUGGCCAGAUUUGGUGAAGAUACAAUCAUGGCUAAUUUAGAUUCAGGUGUUUGGCCAGAACAUGAAAGUUUCAGUGGCAUUGGAUAUGGUCCAGUUCCAUCAAAGUGGCGUGGGAAUGGAGUAUGUGAGAUUGAUCAUUUUAUUACUACUUCAAAUACUUCAACAACAUUCUGCAAUAGGAAGCUAAUUGGAGCAAGAAUAUUCAGUAAAAACUACGAAGCACAAUUUGGAAAACUCAAUCCCUCAAACCUCACGCGUGACUUUGUUGGCCACUGUACACACACCUUAUCAACAGCCGCGGGUAACUUUUCACCCAAUGUAACAAUAUUUGGUAACGGUAAUGGCACAGCAAAAGGUGGAUCCCCUAGAGCGCGUGUUGCAGCCUACAAAGUGUGUUGGUCAAAAACAGACGCAGGUGGAUGUCACGAAGCUGAUAUUCUAGAAGCAUUUGAUCAUGCUAUAUAUGAUGGUGUUGAUGUCAUUUCAAUCUCUUUGGGUGGUUUUGAUCCAUAUAUUGAAGCUUUGUUCACCGAUGGAAUUUCAAUUGGGUCAUUUCACGCUGUUGCUAAGAAUGUUGUGGUUAUUUGUUCUGCUGGAAAUGAUGGACCAGCUCCUAGAACUGUUACAAAUGUAGCACCUUGGUCUUUUACGGUUGCAGCUAGUACAAUUGAUAGGGAAUUUGUUAGUCACGUUUUAAUUGGUCACAAACAUUACAUGAAGGGUGCUAGUCUUAGUAAAGGCUUACCAACAGGUCAAUCGAAGAAAAAGAAAAUAUAUCCGAUGAUUCAUUCUAUCGAUGCUAGAUUUCCUAAUGCCACAAUUCAAGAUGCCCGUUAUUGCAAGCCUAGAACACUUGAUCCUACCAAAGUAAAGGGAAAGAUAUUAGUUUGCAUUCGACUUGACGACACAACAUCAAUUGCUCAAGGCUUUGAAGCAGCUGUUGCAGGUGCAGUAGGAGUUUUUGUGAUGAAUGAUAAGAACAGUGGAAAUAUACUUCUAGCUGAGCCUCAUCCUUUACCUGGUGCAAGUAUGGAUAGCAAUGAAGAUGAAGAUAUUGAUGAACGUGAAUGGUUCGGAAAAGGUGGUACUGACGAAAACAUAACCAGGAAAAUGGUUGCAUACAUGGAUGCUGCAAGAACAUAUACAGGAUUAAGGCCAGCUCCAAUUAUGGCCGGAUACUCAUCUAGGGGUCCUAGUGUUGUGCAGCCAUUGAUACUUAAGCCUGACAUAACUGCUCCUGGAGUCAACAUAUUGGCUGCUUAUUCACAAGCCACUAGUCCUUCCAAUCUACCAUCAGAUACACGCCGAGUUCCUUACAAUCUGCAACAAGGAACUUCUAUGUCUUGUCCUCACGUUGCUGGCAUUGCUGGUCUUCUCAAGACACUUCAUCCUAAUUGGAGUCCAGCCGCUAUCAAAUCAGCCAUCAUGACUACCGCUACCACAAUAGAUAACACCAAUCAACUGAUUCGGAAUGCAUUCGAUAAGAUAUCAACUCCAUUUGAAUAUGGUUCUGGGCAUAUUCAACCUAACCUUGCAAUGGAUCCAGGACUUGUUUAUGAUCUAACCACAACCGAUUACUUGAACUUCAUAUGUGCUUCUGGUCACAAUCAAAACUUACUCAAGUUCUUCAAUAACAACUCUUACACUUGUCCCGAGUCUUACAAUAUCGAAAAUCUCAACUAUCCUUCAAUUACCGUAACUAAUCGAGGAUUAAACCCUAUAAAUGUUACUCGUACCGUUACAAAUGUUGGGUCUCCUAGCACAUAUAUUGUUGAAACUGGCCAACUUGAAGAAUUUAAGGUUCAUGUUCAACCAAGUUCCUUGACUUUUAAGAAAAUUGGAGAAAAGAAGACCUUUCAGGUAAUUAUGGAGGCAAUUGGUUGGCCUCAUCAUGGUUUUCCGGUGUUUGGGAAAUUGACAUGGACAAAUGGCAAACGCAAAGUUACUAGUCCUAUUGUAGUUCUUUAAGCUUAGAUUUCUCUAUGAAUAAUGUUAUGUUAUCAUUAUCAUUUAAGUUUGUGUUUGUGGUUAUUAGGUUGUUAUAGUGUUUGACUGUUUGUUUAGUAUCACCGUGAGUUUGACAAAAUCUAAUUGAGCUUAUGAAAUUUUGCAUAAGCUACGAUCUGACAUGAUACCAAACACUCAACUAAUAGAUUAAUAAUAGUUUCUGUUUUGUACUAUUGAAAUAUGUCUUAUUGGUAAUGCUAUGCUAAAUGUUUGUAAUAAGUUCAUCUGCGAUAUCGCAUAAUAUAUGCAGAGACUGGAGUUCAAACCUUAAA